AUGGCUGCUGUGUCGAAUCUCAGUUAUCUCCACACUCCGUCAGUCAGGCCCUACACCUACACCACAGUUAUCCAGAUAGCUCUAGAGAAUGCUCGCUUUCGUCCAAAUCAGGAACUGGUGAUCUUCAGAGAAUUGGACGGUUCAAGGUAUAGUUUGACUAAUGCUAGCUGGUAUCAACAAGCCGAACACCUGGCACGAUAUCUGGUGACACGGGGAGUCAAGAGAGGUGACACAGUAGGCCUGGUAGGUCCGAAUUCUAUAGAGACGGCUAUUGGGUCGUUGGCAAUACUGUUAGCAGGAGCUGUUGUAUGGAAUGUCACCAUUAAUAUGAAAACAGCGCAAGGUGUCAAAGCACAAAUUCAACUUCUACAGGCAAAAUUCAUGCUGGUGGAUUGUGGCAAAGAUAGCCAUUUUCUUCCCCCUGUAAAAGCUUUGCUGGAAAACGUCACUGGUCAAACAGACAGCGCGAAUGGAGACACCAAUUUUCAGGCUAUAUUUCUCAGAAAAGCCGAUUUUAAAAAGUCAGUAACUUUAGAACACAUACAAUCACUUCAACUGGAUCAAGUCGAACUCCCAGAUAUUUACCCAGAGCACAAAGCUUUGCUCCUGUCAACAUCUGGUAGCACAGGCAAAUCAAAGAUGGUCUGUCAUUCUCACUUCAGCUUGAUGAACUGCCCUCCAUCCAAUAACCCGGGUAUGGCUGAAUUACCAAAGUAA